UGCUACGCAGCUGGCACGAAUAAAAUUGCCGGGCGUUCUGCAUCGCUGGAUGUUUACGUCGCAAGUAAAAACCGCAGCUGCAUCUGGUUUGCACGUGUCAGCGCGCCUACUUUAUUCUAGUAAAAUGGCAUCGACAAUGGCAGCGCAAGUAGCUACGCCGGUAAAUAGUGAAGAAGCAAAGAAAGGUCCGCCGUUGCAGUACCGCGUGUCAGCGAAGUGCAGUGUUACAAAGGCACGAGUCGGUGUAAUGACUGUGCGGCACGCGGAUGUUGACACGCCGGUGUUUAUGCCCGUCGGAACACAGGGAACCCUGAAGGGAAUCCUACCGGAUCAGCUACUCGAGCUCGACUGCCGGAUAAUGCUGAGCAAUACCUACCACCUAGGUAUGCGGCCCGGUACGGCGGUUCUGGAAAAGGCGGGCGGUUUGCAUCGUUUCAUGGGCUGGCCCCGGGCACUGCUGACCGAUUCCGGUGGCUUCCAGAUGGUGUCCCUUUUGCAGCUGGCCGAGAUUACCGAGCAGGGCGUAAAGUUCGAAAGUCCGUACGAUGGUAGCGAGUGCAUGCUGACACCGGAGCGCAGUAUGGAGAUACAGAAUGCCAUCGGUGCCGAUAUCAUGAUGCAACUAGACGAUGUUGUCAAGACAACCACAACGGGGCCACGCGUCGAGGAAGCAAUGCAUCGGACGAUCCGCUGGCUGGAUCGAAGUAUUGCUGCGCAUGGACGAAACGAUGACCAGAGCAUUUUCCCGAUCGUCCAGGGAGGUUUGCAGCCGGAUUUGCGGCGGGUUUGUUCCGCCGAGCUGACUAAACGUGAUACGCGUGGAUUUGCUGUCGGAGGACUGAGUGGAGGCGAAAGUAAGGACGAGUUCUGGCGAACGGUUCAUCUGUGCACCGAUUUGCUGCCGGAGGAUAAACCACGCUACCUUAUGGGGGUCGGCUUUGCGUCCGAUCUUGUCGUGUGCGUUGCGCUAGGAGUGGACAUGUUCGAUUGUGUGUUCCCAACGCGGACGGCCCGUUUCGGAUGUGCCUUAACACGGGCGGGGCAAAUCAAUCUUAAGCAACGUAUUUUUGCGCACGACAGCCGACCGAUCGAGGAAGACUGUGACUGUUCCACGUGCCGUACGUACACCCGAGCGUACCUGCACCAUAUUGUGACCGUGGAACCGGUCGCUUGUAGCAUCGUGAGCGUGCAUAACGUGGCAUUCCAGCUGAAAUUAAUGAAGGACAUGCGAGACGCCAUUCAGGAGGAUCGAUUCCCGGAGUUUGUAAAGUCGUACAUGGCCAUUAGAUUCCCCGACAAUACAGUUCCUCAGUGGAUUCGAGAGGCCCUCGCUGCCGUCAACGUCAGCCUUUAAGAACAAAAAUGGUCAUAAUUUAUUACUUAACCACUACCAAAACAUUCAAUGAAUAAACCAGUCUUGUACUUAUGUGAUAAAGUCAAC